UCCCUUUUUUGUUUUCGAGGUUAUGCUUUAAUAAUAAUGUAAACCGUUAAACGCAAAGCGGUGCUAUGGAUUUAAACGUCCCAUGACGCCGAAGUGCUUCUUUUUCUUUGCUUCAGUAUGUGUAUGACAGGGCUGAAGCAGUCUUCUAAGAAGCCGCAAAGGACCUUUCAAAGGACCCUUUUUCUGUUUCUCCUGUGUGCAGCUACCAUCAUCAUUUGUUUUUGUUUCAAAAAUAACAAAACAGUACUAGCUAAGAUGAUUUACCCUCACAUAAAAAGAACUAACAAGAAUUCCAGAAUUCCACAACACAAUGAUUCUCUAAGCACAGGUAAACACUCAACCUUUAAAAAUGGCAUGAACAAUAAGGUAAAAAUAAUUCAGCAUCAGUAUAACAUAGCUAAUAACAUUACCACAACAGGGUCCAACGAUUCUACCAACACAGAUAAACCUUCAAAUACUGAGCCACUAUUAAUGGUAUGUGAUGUGCCAGUGCAGAGUGGCCCAGUGAUUAAAGUUGGUGAACACAAAACAUAUGUGAUUGGCUCGUAUGUGGAGCACCGCUUAGAGGUGAGAAAGAUAAAAACAGUUGCAAUAGUGCUUCGUAGUGAGAAAUUGGAUUAUUACUGCUUGUUCUGCUGCGAUGGAAAGAACAUUUCUAUACCUGCUGUAUAUGACAUUCACUCUGAUCACUUUAAUUUUGAGUACGGCACAGCUGACAUUGUCUGUGAAAUGCCUACAACAUGCAAAACACAAUUGCAUGUGGCUAUUACUGCCAAAUCACAGGAAAGGUCUGAAUCCGUUGAUAAUAUACAGUCCUUCCAACUGAUUAGGAAUCAACAGCCCAGGAAGAUUUUUCCAUACAACUUUACUGUUUGCAUUUCUGUCAUGUUUGACUGGAACAAUGUACUAGAGCUUAUUCAGACUAUGGAGAUGUUCAAAAUACUUGAUGUGCAGAAGGUUGCUGUUUACAAAACAAACUGCAGUUCUACUACACAGAAGAUCCUGGAUUACUAUGUCAAAAAGGAUUUUGUAGAGAUCAUCCCCUGGGCUGUGCCAGAUCACAUCAGAGUAUCCAGAGGGUGGCAGAAGUGGGCCUCACCAGGGGAGCUGCAUUAUUUUGGGCAAAUCGCUGCACUUAAUGACUGUGUAUAUCGCUACAUGUACCAGAGUGAGUAUGUAGCUUUACAAGACUUGGAUGAACUUAUUAUUCCUAUGAAUGGAAUAACCUGGACAGAACUCCUGCCUCAACUCCAGAAAAUAUAUAGUACUUAUGCAGGUUUUGAGUUUGAGAAUAACGUGUUUCCUCUUUCGAUCAAGCAGUGGAAACUGAACUUUCACCCAGAUUUAUGGAACAAAGUCCCGGGAGUUAACAUAUUGCAACAUGUCAAAAGGAUAGGAAAUGACCCCAGCAAGUUCAAUAAUUUCAAGGUCAUUGUGAAUCCUCAAUUAGUGUUCAAGGUUACAGUGCAUGGCCUUCUGAAAUCUUUGGGUGGUACUGCCAGGGUGGAUCAUAACAUGGCGCGUAUGUACCACAUGAAAAAUGUUUCAAGUAGUGACUUCUCAGAGGGUUUACUCAUAGAGGAUACACAUCUCUGGGACUUUGCAGACAGGUUGAUUCCAGCUGUUUCUGAAUUGGUCCAACACAUGUUGAAUAUUCAUUGAAGUGUCCAUGCUUGAAUAUUAGUAUAUGCUAGGCUAAGUUGAUGAAUGGUUCAGAAUUGUUAGUGGUGAAAUGAAAAUAAAACAUCACAUUUUCAUUUUCUUUUUUUUCACAAAUAUAGAUUGAUUACAUU